UUAUAUUCUAUUUACCGUACUCCGUAAUAACAUUAUUGGUGUGUAGACAGCAUCCAAUUGGUUGCACGUGUAUCACCUGCAUAGUUGAUAUAUUUUUAUGCAAUUUAUUUAAUCGGUAGACCCAGUCGUUAGUUGCUACUUGUUGUGCAUAAGCUCCCUGAGUCCUCCGGUGACGACAUGUUCCUUCUGUUGUUACUAUUAUUGACUACUGUUGGCGCUCAUCCCGCACAGAAGCCGCUCUCGCGGAAUGAGGGAAAAGCAGCCUUCAAGAUCAGACUGACGAAAGCGAUUUGCGUCGAUUUGCCCUACGAAAUAGCGUGGAACGUGACUUGCCGGCUGAAGCUGUACCGCGAUCAGCCGUCCAAGAUGCUGUUCCGCAUCGAAGUCGAUCAGGUCGAUCGUCUCUUCCUGACGUUCGCAAUGUACUACAAGUACCAUCAGACCUACAAACCGCUCCUAAUGGAGACCACCUUCGACGUGUGCAAAUAUGUGGAGAAGUAUAGGAAUAAAGGAUUCAACGGUGGGAGUAACAUACUGGACAUGGAUCAAACGGCUAUGUACAUCGUGAGCAUCAUAGAGAAAAAUAAUCCAUCGAUUGUCCACAGUGGUUGUCCGUACAGGGGAGUCAUUGCAUUAGAAGAUUUCAGAAUUGACGAAUCUAUGGCACCACAGUUUCUGCCUGCCGGUGAUUAUCGACUGGAUAUGCGAUACUACAACGAGAAGAAUCAAACCGUUAUGCAUUCGCAGGUGUUUGGAUCGGUGCGGGCCGUUGGUAUAGUGGAUUUAUCGAUGGGAUAAACUUGAUUGUUUGCAAAUGAACAUGCUAUGACGGUUUUUUUAACGGACUUGUUAAGUCUCCAGAGAAGUAAUAAAUCGCAGGGGUGGGGUUUCUCAAAGCAUAUGGCUGUAAUUUACCAACAAUAGUUUUAAUCAAAUGAGCUAAGCUAGCACUGUCGUCAUCUGGGAAAGUGAAAUUUACGCCAUUUGACGUAAUACGCCAUUUUGUCAGAUUACUGCAGAUCAUGGUGAACAUAACCAAAUAUAGAUGGUACUUGAUAAUCCGGAGACAACAAAAUUUCAUCUGUUCUUCCACUCCCUCGUAACGUUUUUUGUAUAGAUGGGUACUUAUUUUUUUUUUACAGGCUGUAAUGCUCAGACAGAUACUUUCCCAAUCCAUGAAGCAUUAAGUAGUUUGUGAAUAAGCGCUCAGGAUCACUCCUAAUCCGAUCUUUUGAUAGAAGGCUGAACAUAUUACAACGGCUACUACCAAGGCUUCCACAGUACUAGACUUCAUACGCCGGAACGA